AUGGGCUGGCAGGCACAAACACUCAGCCGGCCCAGCCAAGCUCGGGCUUUGAUUGUCGAACUAACCCCUCAACUGUCGAGGGCGCGCUGCAACAGCCCGAGUGUCAUCUGCGGCAGCGAGCAGGGGGAAGAAGCAGCCACGCGGGGGCUCGGGCGGAUACCGCACGCAUCCUUGACAGCCUCGACCUCUGCGGUGUAUCCCUGGGAUAAUGGGAAGCUUCACCACCGCCAGCAGAGGCAGCAGCGGGCAGCGACGAUGCCGCUGGAAACCCAGGUCCAAGACAUGACGACAGCAAGCGCGCGCUGUGUGUGGGAACCGCGCAAUGUGAGAUCCAAGACGGAGGCCUGUCUCAUCAACAUGACAGAAGCACACAGGGACUCGCAUCCGUGGCUGUCCAUUCCCUGCUUUGCUUGGAGCCACGCACACAAGAGGGCCCAAAGGAAAAGCGGGCCCUCGUAUUGCUGGAUCGAUCACGCCUUACCGCCAGAGCGGCUCGCGAUGGACCAGGGACCUGGAAUGAUCGACGACCAGGCGGGAUUCGCUAGUGUAUCUCAGCCGCACAUGGUUGCCGGUGUGUCACUCGAUACCUUCGAGGGGUACCUGCAUGGAUUUCAAGCCCCCAAAAAGCCGAGAGUCUUCUUGGCCGACUCGGCGCACACCGAAACAAACCCGGAUGCUAGCCCACCUAGGCAAGUCCAGCCGUACACCUGGCAGCCGUUUCCGAGCGCCUCCUGA